CCGGGCGGGCCGAGGGCGGCCCCGGAAGGUCCCGGCAGGCGCCGCGCUGCCCGCGAUGGCCGCCGAGGGGAGGCCGCGGGUGCUGCCCCGGCACGGCCGUGUGCGCCCCGGGGCGGAGCGGCGCGGCCCCGGCCCGCGGCAGUAGCAGCAGUAUCAUUUCAGAACUCAAGUGAUUCAAAAUGGCUUUGAUUAGCCGGAAAAGUUUCCAGUUGUAUUCAUCCAGCACACCAGCAAGCAGGUCUGCUUUGAUGACCCUAAGCAAAAGGUUGAACUUCGUCAGGGGGCAGCGAAAGCCCCAAAACUGGAGCCCCGUGGCCAUGAGGAUGCUGUGUGUCAAAGAUAAAUCUCAGUAUCUGUUUUGUAGGAAAAAACAUGUUCAACUGCAGAUGCAGCCACUCUCUGUUAACGAAGCUGUGCAUCUUUGUGGCGAUAUCAGGAACUGUGCUAAAUCAAAUAAUGUGUGGAUGGAUGAACAAUUAUUUUUCAAGAAGUUGAACAACCUUUGUACAUCAAAAGACAUUUUUUACUUUCUUAGCUCUCUAGAGGUGAUGUCUGAUACUAUGGCCGCAGGAGCCCUGCAGAGGAUUUCUGAAGUUGAGGUGGAUGACAAUGGUCUUAAAAACCCCGCACUGUUAGAGAAUGAAGUUUUCAGGGCAUUAUGCUUCCAGUUGGAAUUUGAAUCCUCAAAACUGUCGAACACGGGCCUGCUGAAUGCAUUGCAGGCUUUGAUAAGGCUUCGUGUAGAUCCGCAGAGCACGCUGAUGACGAGCCUGCUUUCGGAGAGCGAGGAGCGGCUCGGCGGGGGACAGCUGACUGCUGAAAAUCUCUGUUCUCUUGGAGAGAGUUUGCUUGAGUUCGAAGGACCAAGCUGUGCGAUGCUGGAACAAAUUGUGAGGCACAUGCAAGAAAGAGACAUUGAGAAGUGGAGUCCCAGGGAAAUAGCGAUGGUUUAUAAGAUACUGCAAGUGACUGCGAGGGAAGGGCAACAAUGCCAAAACUUGCUAAACAGACUGAACAGUGUCACUUUUCACACAGUUUCUCAGCUAAGCCCAAACUUUGCAAGUGUAAUACUGAAUUCACUGGUGGUUCUUCGUCAGACUCGGGCAGUUCUCUUAGUCACUGCACUGUGUAAACAUUCAGUGAAGCAUGUUCCCUAUUUCACAGAUCAUGAACUGGUAGAUGUACUGGAAGCUUUCCUGUACUUUGGGCAAAAAUUGGAAACUUUUACAGAGGCACUGGAAAGACAUGUCCCUGAGUCCAUCCUCACCAUGCAUCCCCAAACAGUCAGCAAGGUCAUGCAUUAUUGCUGCAAAAAGAUGAUCCUUUCAAAGCCCAUCUUUGAUGCAGUGGCAGAAAGUUUCAUUUCCAAUGCUGACAGACUUACCACUGACCAGAUUGCUGCGUAUAUUAUCCCAUUUGGGACGCUUAACUACCUGCCUCCAAGUGCUUCUUCCUUGUUUAGGAAGCUUGAAGCUGUGCUGCAUACCCGCCUGAGGCACUUCCAACCUCACACCUUGCUAAACCUGCUACACUCGUGUGUCCUUAUUCAACGUUACCCAAUAAAUUUUCUGCCAAAAAUAUUUAGUCCCUAUUUUCUGCAAAAGCUUCAAGCUCAGCCACCUGGUUUGAACAGAGUUGUUAUGUCCCAGCUUACCCAGCUUUUUCUGACUGUCACUCUGGAGUGCCCAUUUUAUGAGGGUCCAAAACUUCUUUCAAAGUACCAAGUAAAGGCCUGUCCCACACUUCACAGUUCCCCUGAUGUUCACCUCUUUAAAAGGGUGAAGACAGGAUUACUUUAUUUACUGAAAAAAAGAAUAUAUUUUGCAUCAGAGGUAUCAACACCGUAUUUCUAUGUACUUGAUAUUGAGAUUAAAUUAGAUGAAGAAGGUUUUGUAUUGCCUGCGGCCCAACUUGAAGAGGUACACAGACGAAUUGCCCUGUGUGUUGAUGGUCAGAAUAGAUUUUGUGCUCAUAGCCACAAUCUGCUGGGAGAAGAAGCUAUUAAACAGAGACAUCUUCAGCUACUUGGUUAUGAAGUUGUGCAGAUUCCAUUUUUUGAGAUAAAAAAUCUUCAAAAUACCAGAAAAAUGGCAGAUUAUCUACACAAAAAAAUCUUUCCUUGUACAUAUGGACUCAGCAGCUGACACUGGAGAAUACUACUGGAUCACAAGCCUUCUAUACUAAAAAGUGUAAAUUCUGUGCAUGGAAGAAAAAGUCUUUUUUCUAAGUAACUUCACCUCAGAGAAUUUGAGCUUCUAAGUGUGAAACCUUCCAAUAUUUGGAACAAUUGACAUGUAAAGAGUAAUAAAGAUCAUCAUAUUUUCUUA